AUUAUGAACAAUGAAUAUGGUGGACAAUAGCAUUGAGCUGAGCCUCAAUCUUUCUAACACCAAGAAUCAUGAUAAUAAGUUCGACUUGACGGAUCUACCAACCGAAAUAUUCUUCCUCAUAUGUUCUUACAUCACUCCUCAAGAUACUAUAAUUUGUCGUCGAGUAAGUCGACUAUGGUUUCGGGUAUUCACGAACGCCGACACUUCAUGGAGUUUCAUGAAAUUGUAUUUUCCCCGCUCCCGCGAAAUGCGGCGGGUCGCCGAGGAAUCGGAACCGGAACCGGAUGAGAAACCGAACUGGACUCGCAUCUUCGCCAACGUAGCAGAAAGAUACUACUAUCUACGAUCCGCAAAACCACGGUCGAUUGAAAAACUCGAUAUCACGCAGGACUUAUAUCCUGUUGGUUGUUUCUUGUGGGGCGUGUUAUGGAACUACGAAUAUGCUAAUUUUCAGCAUAAUGAGCCAAGCUGGACCAUGGAUGGCGAGUUGCUGGUAUAUGAGGAUCAUAUAACGAGGCAGCCCGUUGUAUAUGACUUAGAAACUAAAAAUCGAGUCUCCGUCCCUUUCGUUGUUGAGGAAAUGAUCAUCCGGCGCAUGCGGCUUGCCUGUGGUGUGCUAAUUAUCGAGUGGUGCGAGGGUGAACCGUGGAAAAUAUUAGGAAGCAAGAUGCUUUUUCGCCAUUACGUUACGGCAUUUGACCUGGAUCGGCGGCCAUGUUCAAAUACAGCCGCUUCAUCAUCGAGCAUAAAAUUUACUUUGGACAUCACCUUCCGCUCUGAAUGGCGGAUUUACCCUCCUGGCUUCACGACUGGAAGCGAUUACCAGUUUUUCUCCGCUCAUACUUCUACUCACUAUGCCCUAUACUUGUAUAUACGCGAUUGCUCGGAACACCCCCCGCGCCAUCACCAAGAAUAUCUUACCAUCUGGGACAUAUCUAAGCCGUCUUCUUACCGGGCAUCCAUCGAGCUAACAGAGAUUGAUAAACCUAGGCCCGGCUCUAGUGAAGAAGGACCCACGAUCAUCAACGAAUUUUCACGUGACGAUCUUGACUUCUUAGGUGUACGACAGGGGGAAGCGCCGGUCCUAUUCAAAAUCCUCAUUGACGACACAAACGUGUACUUCCAGGAAGAAGACCACUGCUGGGUCCCGGAUGAUGAGCGAAUACCACCCCGUCAUCAUGAGGUGCGUUGCACAGGGUUCCCCUUUUCGGGGAUCGGACCGCGCUGGGUUGAUGAAUGCUGUACCGACGGCAGCGUAUUCAUGAACUUCUGCCCACGUGCCGGAUCGCUGUCGCGCGCUCUAGGGAAUCGGCCCUUGGGUUUCGGUGGCGGCAAGAGCAAGUCGUGGCCUGGCUGGGCACCCUGUUGGCGGCAUGAAGAGUUCCCGUACCUGACUGUGAGCGACAUGGUGGAUUAUGAUGCCGGUGUCAGGGUUGUGGCAAGACGGUGCCACAUGAUAGACACCCUGUCAGCUUUUACGCCACCCAAGAUCUGCAUCCAGGAGGAGCGAAACGGCGGUUCGGAAGUAGAGGAACAGGAUCGUAGAUUUGAGGAUGAGAUGUGGAAGGAGUUAUUGGGGAGGGGGAAGAUUGUGGGGGAUGAGCGGUGGAUUGUUGGCGAAGAUUCUGAUGGGAAAAUUACUAUUUUGCGCUUUUGAGGAUAGUGCUACAAACCGAGCUCCCUCGUGCAUAUCUAGAUCGUUUAUAAUCACGAUCAUAUUCGGAAGCUAGGCAAGCAAGUGUCCAUAAGAAAAAACAACCUCAAAUUUCAAUACUGCUCUCGACGCAGAUUCAAGCAAAACUCUCAGCCAGUUUAGAAUCAUAUCCUCGGACUCACCUAUACCUCCAAGGAAAGGGUGGUAUAAUUAUGAUUUACAAUUCUUUCGGAAAUACAAUUUUCAUUUAUUUGCCAUCUUUCACUUUUACAUAAGUUUUAUCACAUCAAGGCCCUAUCUACUGGUCACUUAAAAUUGUCAACAUUUAGGGCGUAAGUCCCCGAUCCAGGUUCGAUGUCGGCCCCUCCCGG